ACACUGAAAUGAAUAUCCUGUUUCUUUUUGAAUUGCAACAUUACAAAUGUUUGCAAAUAAACAUUUAAGGCAAUAUAUUGUUGGACAUUCAGUUGGCUUUAGUUGUUAAUUUCCAUCUAUCAGUGAAGGACUUCAGAAAUAAGAUCUUAUCCUAAUUACGUAAUACAUGUUUAUAUUUGUAUAAGCUGUCAGUUGUUUUAAAAAAGUUAAUAUUCCCUCAACAAGGAAACAUUAAGUUCUAAGAGGUUAUUUGGGUUGUUUUCCUGGGACAUUUUAUGGAAGUUUUUCACCUGUUAACAUUACUAUUGAUAAUCUUUUUCAGAUUAUGAAUAAGUGAUUUGUGCUUUAUUCAUGUUAAUGUUUACUUUGUAAAAUAUGCUUCUUGUAGGACUAUAAAUAGUGGCUGGAAAAAGAACACCGGCAACUUCAGAGCAAAAUGAAGUUCUUUUUAUUGCUUUUAGCCAUUGGGCUCUGCGGGGCUCAGUAUAACCCCCAUACCAAACCUGGACGGACAUCUAUUGUCCAUCUGUUUGAGUGGCGCUGGGUUGACAUUGCUCUUGAAUGUGAGCGAUACUUAGGACCCAAAGGAUUUGGAGGAGUCCAGAUCUCGCCACCCAAUGAAAAUGUUAUUAUUAAUCACCCUUCAAGACCUUGGUGGGAAAGAUACCAACCCAUCAGCUACAACUUAUGUACAAGAUCUGGAAAUGAAGAUGAAUUCAGAGACAUGGUGACUAGAUGUAACAACGUCGGUGUCCACAUCUACGUGGAUGCUGUCAUCAAUCACAUGUGUGGAAAUGGUGUGAGCGCAGGAAGAAGCAGCACUUGCGGAAGCUACUUCAACCCUGGGAGUAGGGAUUUUCCAGCAGUCCCAUUCUCUGGCUGGGACUUUAAUGAUGGGAAAUGUAGAACUGGAAGUGGAGACAUUGAGAACUAUAAUGAUGCUUAUCAGGUUAGAGACUGCCGGCUGGUUGGUCUUCUUGACCUUGCCCUGGAGAAAGAUUAUGUGCGGAACAAGAUUGCCGACUAUCUGAACCAUCUCAUUGACAUUGGGGUAGCAGGAUUCAGAAUUGAUGCUUCUAAGCAUAUGUGGCCUGGAGAUAUGAAGGCCAUUUUGGAUAAAUUGCAUAAUCUGAACACAAAAUGGUUCCCUGAAGGAAGUAGAGCCUUUGUUUACCAGGAGGUGAUUGAUCUGGGUGGUGAGUCAAUUAAAAGCCAUGAGUACUUUGGAAAUGGCCGUGUGACAGAAUUCAAGUAUGGUGCCAAACUGGGCACUGUGCUUCGCAGGUGGGAUGGAGAGAAGAUGGCUUACCUAAGGAACUGGGGAGAAGGUUGGGGUUUCAUGCCUUCUGACAAAGCUCUUGUUUUUGUGGAUAACCAUGACAACCAGCGAGGCCAUGGAGCUGGGGGAGCUUCCAUUCUGACAUUCUGGGACCCUAGGCUGUACAAAAUGGGAGUUGGAUUUAUGCUCGCUCAUCCUUAUGGAUUUACACGGAUCAUGUCAAGCUUCCGUUGGCCAAGAUACUUUGAGAACGGGAGAGACAUUAAUGAUUGGAUUGGGCCACCAAAUGAUAAUGGAGUAAUUAAGGCAGUGACUAUUAACCCAGACACUACUUGUGGCNNNNUUUGGUUCUUAGAAAAUGAUUUACAUCUAUUGGAUAUGUCUAUGUGUUUUGAUUUUCUUCUCACUGAGACGUUGAUUGCUUAACAUUUCACAAUACAAAGUUGUUUGUUGUAAAGAUAGCAUGGAUGUUUGUUUUUCAUGUUAUUGAAUUUAGGUUAAUUUUAAAUUUUGUUUUGCAGGCCUUUGUCUUUAACUUUGCAAACUGGUCUUCCUGCUGGCACAUACUGUGAUAUUAUUUCUGGAGAUAAAAUCGACGGCAAGUGUACAGGACUUAAAAUCUAUGUUUCUGGUGAUGGCAAUGCUUACUUUUCCGUUAGUAACACUGCUGAAGACCCAUUUGUCGCAAUUCACAUUGAAUCUAAAUUGUAAAAUGUGAAUAAAUACAUAU